UGAGCAACCCCGGGGUGGGAAUAACUGAGGCCGGGAUGGGAUGGGAUGGGAACUCUAUUUACGUGUCCAUAUCCACAAAGGUUCAGGCACGCCCACCUCGGAUUUAGCCUCUGACAACUGAGGCCGGUUCUUUUUCAACAUGUGUAGUGUAGUUUGAUGCAUCAGAAAGUCAAUAGCCCAUCACCUAUCACUCUGGAAGGGCUACCUCCAAAUCUUGGCCACAGAAUGCCAAUCCAGGCUCCAAUGCCCGGUCACAUGGGCCCAAUGGACCGGGAUCCACAUGGAAUGGGGCGCCCGACUCCGUACAUGGGACAGCCCGACUACCGAAUCUAUGAGCUCAACAAGAGACUGCAGCAACGAACAGAGGAAAGUGAUAAUCUUUGGUGGGAUGCCUUUGCAACUGAAUUUUUUGAAGAUGAUGCUCAGUUGACCUUGACCUUUUGUCUUGAAGAUGGCCCCAAGCGAUACACAAUUGGAAGAACGCUUAUCCCUCGGUAUUUCCGUAGUAUAUUUGAGGGCGGUGUCACAGAUCUGUAUUACGUACUCAAACACCCGAAAGAAUCAUUCCACAACACCACAAUCACACUGGACUGUGAUCUAGCAAUGAUGAUCACACAGCAUGGGAAACCCAUGUUUACUAAUGUAAUCACUGAAGGGAGGUUGAUUUUGGAGUUCACAUUUGAUGAUCUGAUGAGAAUACGAUCUUGGCAUUUUGCCAUCCGCCAGCAUCGAGAGCUGAUUCCACGCAGUGUCAUUGCAAUGCAGCAAGAUCCAGCAAUGGUGGAACAGCUUUCAAAGAACAUCACAAGGCAGGGACUGACAAACUACACGCUCAACUUUCUACGGCUGUGUGUCAUCUUGGAGCCGAUGCAAGAGCUGAUGUCGCGCCACAAGGCAUACGGUCUGAACCCGCGUGACUGUCUCAAGACGACGCUCUUCCAGAAGUGGCAGAGAAUGGUGGCGCCGCCAGGUAAAGAAACAACAAGACCUCCAAAUAAGAGACGGAAACGAAAGGCGUCGGCUGGGAGUAACGCUUUGAACAGUCAGGAGGGUCGAGGUGGUAAAAAGAACCGCUCACCAGGACCACAGGCCUUUAACAUUGGGUCGUCUGUACCUGGGGAUGUGAUGGUAGUGGGUGAGCCGACCCUGAUGGGCGGAGAAUUUGGGGACGAAGACGAGCGACUGAUCACGCGGCUGGAAAACCAGCAGUACGAACCGAACGGUGCAGAGGAGGAACACCAGAACUCUCCCGCCCUGCAGCAGAGUCCGUGGGCGGGGCAGGACAAAAAGACCCCCCAGCCCACCACGACCCCUGUGUCCGAGCCAGAAAUCAAACAGGAAUGAAGCGUGUGAACAAUGAAUUGUGUACACCACGUAUACCAGCGUUCACUUGUCAAAUAACAUCAUGUUACAACAUUCUCUUCUCGAACUGUAUUGUAUCGUGUGGAAAUGAAAACCGUGAAACAGGAUUUGGUUUAUCAAGUCUACAGACACGUAUAAAGACAUCGUAAUGUAAUGUGUGGACUGGUGCUCGGAAUGCAAGCAGUACAUUGAAGAGAUAGUGGCCAAGAUGUCUGGGGAGAUGUCACGUUAGUUGUAACAGUUACUGGUUAACAUGUACCAUGUUAAUCAGAGCAGAAUGAAUGUUAUGAUAGGGCAGCUUCAGAUCUGACUUAACUCACCCUGAUUUGGGGGGUGGUCAUUUUUAUCGUACCCCGUUUGGGGGUUUGAGGUAAAAAAAAAUUAUCUCAUUCUGAUUGGGUCUGUGUGGUCAUUUUACCUCACCCUGUUUAGGUGUCUGGUAGUUUUGCCAUGGGGCGAGAUUAAUUUGACUAUGUUAGGGAUUGAAGUGAUGUUACCCCGUCUUGUCUGAAGGUGCGGUCAUUUUAUACUGGCUUUAGUCAAACUUGAUUGUGGAUUCAUGUUGUAAUUGUGUUGUUACAUUUGGGUGGAUGGUUUUUGAUAUUUAAAUAUGUUGAUAUUUUGUCUUUUUGUAUGUCUGUAUUCCACCUUUUUUUUAAAGUUGGAUUUUGUAAAAAUCAACUGUGGUUUCUGUCAUUAAGAAAUUAGGUGGUUUUGUUUGUUCUAGAAAAUAAAACAAUCUGCAGUUGUUUUUGUACCCACUAAACAAACGAUGCACAUUAAUAUUGUAUUCAUCAAUUUUUUAUCUGACAGAAACCUAUUUAGUAAUAAAAUGAAAUAUUUUAUAGAAUGUAACAAUACUGGUUAUAAAUGCAAAAGUAAAAAAAGAAUUGGCUGCUUUUGAAACAACUAUUAUUAGAUUUGCAGCUUUGUGGAGUCUUCGACAGAAAAUCAACAGCAAUGAAGAUUUGAUAUGAAACAUUAAUUAUAAAAUUAAAAUGCCAAAAUAGUUAUAAAUCAUUUUGCUGUCAUAAAAUGAUGAAAUGUAAACAGAUUUUGAUAGAAUUUCAGAAUAUGCUAUAAGAUUAUUAUUUUACUAAAAUCUGUCAUCAAAUUGUCUUGUCAAUUCCCCUCCCCCCCCCCCCCAAUUUAUUUAUUUAUUUAUUAUGUUGCCAUUUAUCUGUUGAAAUGUUUGUAUAUUUUGUAGAUGAAUAGUGUAAACGAAGAUGCAUACUGGGUUAUCCCAUAUGUGUAAAAUAGUGUAAACGAAGAUGCAUACUGGGUUAUCCCAUAUGUGUAAAAUAGUGUAAACGAAGAUGCAUACUGGGUUAUCCCAUAUGUGUAAUAAUUAAAACUUCAGUAAUGUUUUAUUUCAUCAGUUGCCUUACUUUAAUCAAGCCCCAACAGUUUCUCUUCUUCUUUUUUAGUCCAGUUAACAAUCAAAACCAGUCGCCUUGGGUAGCCACCAUUAAAAUAUGUAAAUACCUUCCAAAACCAGUCUGUACAUCAAAAUUCAUUUGGGAAAAUCAUAUCUAGUUCUUAGAUAUGUUCUAUAGCUUUGUUCUUCUAUACCACAAAGCAUAGAGGGAAAAUCUUGUCCACAUUGUAAAGGCAGUGUUAUCAAACUGUGUAAGCAAGACAUUCUGUAUAGAGGGCAUCACAAUAAUCGGGUGGCUUAUUUUUACACACUGUUAAUCAAGAAAGCCAUGCAUACCUUCUAAAUACUGUUGUAGCAGUAUUUUCCAUUAAAACAAUUUGUUAAUCACUGCCAAUCAAAAUGCACUUUUUUUUUUUUUUACACAUCUUCACAUUUAUUCAAAUCGUAUUUAAACUUUUUGUCGAAAUCGUGGAUUUUGACAAAUAACAGUACAUUAGGCAUGGAAGAGAGUAAUGUCUAUUCUUCAGUAACAUGUUCUACAUUUGAUUUUGCCUUUGUGCACAAUUUAACUUUAAAUGUUGGACCACAAAUGGUGGAACAGUAGUGUAACAAAAUAGUAAUGGGCAUCUCUGAAAACCAGUAUGAAAUAAAUAUUAUUGUACAA